AGCUUGUCAUACUCUAUCUAUGCAAUGUCUAUUUAUAAACUUAAAUCAUCAGCAGCUAGAUGUCUUGAUGUGAUUUUGUAUUGCAUGUAACAGAAUGCAGAGCAUUGUUUUUUUGCUUAGUACGACAUUAUGGAGCAACUAGCUAACGUUAGCCAGCCAGCUAAGGCGCUCUAUUGGUAUUUCCUACAGACUGAUCCCCUAGAUGCUAACGAUAGCUCAACGCGUCUAUUGGAGUCAGUGUCUAAAGUCGUGUCUUUAGUCUUUGUUUAAUCCUUGACGUUCCAUUCUAAAACGAGUUACUCAGCUAGAUAGUUAGCUACAGACGUUACGUAGUACGGGUAGUUUAGCUUACCAGCGGACUGAAAAUAAACGUACUUGAUGUUGAGGUUUCUUUCUGUGGUAGCUUACAUUCUGUGGACGGCUAACAUUAGUGAGUUAACGUCAGCUAACUUGCAAAGUGAUCUAGCUAAGGUUAGUCAUUUCAACUGGGGUAAGUUACGACGACGUGACUGGAGAAGGUCAUAGCUCUCACACAGCACAACCUAUCUGUUGCGUUAAAGAAUAAGUUAAGGUUGUGGCUGAGUGAAAGAUGGCGACUGUGAAGGUGGGAAAUGGAGCUGGAGUAACUACUUAUGACGAGAAAGAGGAGGACAAAGUCAGGCCAGAGGACCUGUCUGAGCUGCUGGGUGCAGGCACCAAGGAGAUCCAUGACAAAGCAGAGAACAACCAGUUUGUCAAGGAUUUCCUGAGAGGUCGGCUACGCAAGGAGCUAUUCAAGUUAGGGGCAGUUGCCUUGUAUUUCACCUACACAGCCAUGGAAGAGGAGAUCGAGAAGAACAAAGACCACCCCCACUUUGCUGCACUCUACUUCCCCACUGAGCUGCACCGUCAUGAUGCCUUGGCCCGGGAUCUGGAGUACUUCUAUGGGCCUGACUGGCAGAGCGUGGUCAGCUGCUCCCCAGCCACUCAGCACUACGUGGACCGCAUCCACGAGGUGGGCCAGUCAGACCCGGUCCUGCUGGUGGCCCACUCGUAUACUCGCUACAUGGGCGACCUGUCAGGCGGGCAGGUCCUAAAGAAGGUGGCACAGCGGGCGUUGAAGUUGCCGGCCACAGGGGAGGGGCUGGAGUUCUACACCUUUGAAGGGAUCCACAGUGCAAAGGCCUUCAAACAGCUGUAUCGCAGCCGCAUGAAUGAGCUUGACCUGGAUGCUGCCACCAAGGAGAAGAUUGUGCAGGAGGCUGUCCAUGCCUUCCUCUUUAACAUUGAGGUGUUUGAGGAGCUGGAAGAAAUUGGGAAGACUUUGAAGGAUGAGGUGAUGGAUGCAGGCAUGCCAGUUCACGGAGAAAUGGAUGGAGACAUCAAUAAAUGCCCCUACUAUACUGCUAAAAUGGCGGCCAGUGGUGGAUCAGCAUACGCCUGUCAGAUGGCCAUGUCCGUCCUCCGACACCCCACAGGUCAGGUCCUACUGGCAGCCUGGGUCGCUGCCUUGGCUGGAUUGGCUGCCUGGUACCUCAUGUGAUCCCCAUCUAUACCAAGUGGAAAUGCUGCAGGGAAUAGGCUGAAGAGUGGGAGGGUAGGAAGAGGAGGGGCAGGCAGCUCUGUUCAGUUGACAUCCCCCCCACACCCCUUUUUGGAUGACUUCCUCUCCUCCAUUUCAUACCUUACUCUUCUCUACCUCUUAGUUCCCCAGAGGUCCGUCCUGUGAACUUGCAUCAUCGAGUGUAUGCUAUGCUGUCCUACCACUCCGCCAUUACCUCCCAAUGACCACAUGGAGGGUGUUCACUGCACUCAUGCCACAAUUCACAGUCAGAUGUUAAUGGUGGUGUAGACGGUUAAAAUAUAUAAAUCUCUGGUGGAUAAUGGAUUGUGGUUUUCCCAGCAGAGACAGGUAAAUGGAUUGAAAAUAUUACUGAGGAUGAUGACGGGCACAGUAAUGAGUUGAAAUGAUGACAUUUGCUGUAAUGUAAAUACACACAGUAUGGCGUUUGGCCACUGGCUGUUCUGCAUAGGGCAUGGGCUGAGGUUUUGAUGGUCAAGUUUUCCUUGCAGCCCUUUAUAAGUUUCACAAGUUCAUAUACACAAAUAUAAUAAUAUUUUUAGACAUACAUCAUUUAUCAUCUGCAGCAAGUAGAUGAAAGCAUUAUCCCUGCCCUGCAGAGUUGCAGUAUUUAGUGUCAGUUUCCCACCCAAGUGGGAGCGACGCAACCGUUCCUCACAAGUCAGUUAAGUAACCCCUUUUUUAAUGAAUUGAUGCAAUGUCUGUAAAUUGUUCAAUAACACGUCCAAUCUAUUGACCAAUGGUUGGGUUGGUCGACUGGUUCAUCCUCUUUGCCAUAAUGAUGCCUCAUACAAGGUUAAUGAAACAAAUUACGCAUUGUUGGUUGUUUUCCAGCAUACCUAAAGUUUAGGUUUCUCAGAGGUCAGAUUAAUGCAAGUGUAUAUUGGUAUGCAAUAUGAGCCUUAGGUCUUUAAUGUAAAAUACUGCCAUACAUUACCUAGUUAAGUAAUCGUUAGGUGAUCAUCCAAUAGUCUUGGCCGGCAAAGGUUGCACAGACACCUGGCAUGUAUGUCUUAAGCCAAUCUGCUCCUGUAUUGAUAGCAUCAUUUCUACUCACAUGUUAAGGCCAUGGUUGGCUUUUUUGGUCUUUACUCUAUAUUACGCUAUUAAUAUACUGUAUGUGGGAGCUUGGCCUUGGCAAUAACUUGCCAGAAUGAGUAUGUGAAAGAUUUUGAAGGUGUAGCACUAGCUUCUUAAAAUAAUAGCUGCCAUGUGUUAUGGCAUUAGUGAGAAUAUUUUAAAUGCAAAUUAAGAUACAAUUCUUGUUUCUUGGACUUCAAAACCUUAAGUUAAGCUGCUAAACGGCACGAGUUAAAAGGUGUUUUUGUCCCUCACAGCAUUUCAUUAUUUUUUCAAGGGUUCAAAGCCUUGGUAUUGAAACCAUGUUGUGUACAAGACUUAUUUAAAUGCUGGAGGCACAUUACAGAAUCUCGGGAACAGUGUGAAGCGUAAAAGGGAGGACAGAGUCCAUGAAUUCCAUUAGUAUUAAAUUAAGCAAUUUGUCAAAGACUGAAAAAUGCUUGUCACGCUCGGCUUCAUCUCAACUGUGACUUGUGAAGAAACCUUUUCUUUUGCCUGACAAGCCAACAAGUCAUACAAGUAGAUCUAACCACAUUCCCCAGUGUCAUUUUCAGACUUUUAUUUUGCUUUUGAAUUGAUUCAUAACAUUUAGUCAGAUUGAAACAUAUUACAUAUGUCUUACUGUAUGUGUGCCUGCUGUUGAGGCUGCUGUUCAAUAAUCUCCUGAUCCAUCCACGUUGUGAAAUCUAGCAUCAUUAAGUGACAACCUAAAGUUAAUGCCAGUUUCAUGGUAGCUAACAGAAGUAUACUUGUGAAAUAAACUGUGUUAAGAGUG